AUGGAGUCAAUAGUGCUCUCCGAGACAAAUCACGAAAGUCUGGGUUUGAAAUCUAGUAAACCAAUGUACAAACAUCGGAGAAUGGUGAAUGAUGAGAUUGCCAAUCGUAUUUUCUGUGGAGCCGUGGAGUGUAAACCAGUCAUUCAACAGUUGAAUAAAAGAAGUGUGAAGUUUGUGGACGGCACGGUAGUGGAUGACGUAGACGCCAUUAUAUGUGCCACUGGUUACAAUGUUACAUGCCCAUAUUUGGACAAUGACAUUGUCACAGGUUCACUUAAGGUUCGCGAAUUGUAUCUGUAUGUAUUUCCACCUCGGCUGAAGAUGCACACCCUUGCUCUCAUUGGAUUUUGUGUGGACAUAGGGGGAACCGGGCCAGUUUUGGAGAUGCAGGCAAGAUGGAUUCGUUACAAAGACAGAAUUGCAGAUUUUAUUGGAGCCAAGCCCAAUUUCUGGAAGCUUCUCCUGACAGAUCCUAAACUAGCAUACGCUGUAAUGUUUGGACCAUGCUAUCCAGCAACGUAUCGCCUAACGGGUCCUGGUGUGUGGGAAAAAGCACGGGAAACCGUCAUGAAUGCACAGAAAAACACGCAACAAGAAAGUUUGCAGUUCUUCUUAAUAAUCCUAGUGAUAGUUGUUGUCUCUUUGCCACUAUUUGCACUAAUUAAAAUAACAUAA